CCUGGACGGGCUUCUCUCUGUAGUUAGCCAUAUCUUCUUAGAUUGGCCGUGAUGUCUAUCUCAGCCUUAUCAAAGCAGUGUUCUGAACUCUUCCACCGAUGUCUUGCUUCGUCUGCAUCUAAUCACGAAGAACUGGCAGUGACGGAGAACCAAAUUUUCAGAUUCAAUCUGUGGGUGCAGAACAAUGCUGCCAUCUCUGAGAAGCGUGAUUCAAUGGACUGGCGUCUGAGGAAGGCCUCGGUGCCGCACUCUGUAAUGCGGGACUUGCUCGAGGACCUGGCAGAGUCUAUAAAGAGAAGUUUUCUUUCUGUCGAGAGCUCUCGCCAGCCUGGUCUCGGUGACGACACGCUAGACAGUAUUGACGGCAUCCUAGACGAGCUCUUUCGAUUCUCACGAGCGAUCCGUCGAUCAGGUGCGAUGCGGAGAUUCGUCAAGGUUGCCAACUAUUUCGAGUACGACGAGGAAACGGGAGAAAACCUUACCAUCAAGUUCCAGGACACGAUAUUGCCUUACUUGAACGCCACGCUGAAGCAAACAAGCGAGGGACUGAGACAGCGAUUGCACGAAACUAUCUGCUUGAGACAUCAGAAUUUCUCAUUUCUCAAGUCAAGGUCAGGCAGGAAGGUCGUGACCAGACUUGUGAAGGAACCCGAACUGGAGUCGACACCUUCGGGCCCUCAAGCGUCAUCCAGACUUGGAAGCACCUACAGUGUUCGGACGCGACAGACUUCCCAGAAAGUAUCACAGUCAGGCCAAGUGCGCAGGAAUAGGCCAAGAACAGCUCCUUCAUUCCGGAGCGCCACCACUGUGAACACGAACCAGCUGCCACUAGUAGAGCCGAUUCCAGAACGAGAAGCUGUCGAGUACACAGGAGUGGACCUACCGCGCCGUCCAAAAGUGACGCCUGGUAUGACUGAGCUUGAAUGCCCAUAUUGCUUUCUAGUAUAUCCAGCGAAGGAGUUUACAAAGGAGAAUUGGCCCCGACAUAUUGUUCGGGAUUUGAUGCCCUUUAUCUGUGUUUUAGAGCCAUGUCCAACACCAAAUGCAAUGUUCGACUCACACGGGGCGUGGAUCUCGCACAUGGAAAAAGAGCAUGCGCGAGAAGGUUGGACUUGCAUGGACAGUAACCACAGCCCAACUCAGUACUUUGAACACGAGCAACUUUUCAGACGCCACAUGAUCGAAAAGCAUGACAACGACUUUACGAUCGAUGAACUUGAUGACAUAGUGGAUGAACUUUUUGGGCCUCUUCCAGCCUUCCAGCUGCUCGAGACUUGCCCAUUCUGCGAGCACUACGAUCCCGAGGACGAGUCUGCAGAUAUCGACCAGCAUAUUGCUCUUCACCUCCUGUUCCUUUCCCAAGUGUCACUCCCAGGAGACUUCUUGGAAACAAAGGACGCUGAAUUUGAGUCAGAGUCCGAGAAAUCAAGCAGCAGCAAUCGUUUGGAGGGGAGCCGACGGUCUCCUGAAAUCUUAUCACUCAGUACCGUUUCUAGCUUCCGAACCGUUAAAACAGGAAGCACUGGAGCUUCGGUCUCUAAUACUAAAUUACUGGAGAACGUCGAGGAUGCCAUUCGGCGCCUGAUAUUGCCAGAGCUUGAGCAGUUGAAGAAAGAGCAGAGGAAACGGGGACCUGUUGGCGAACCAAGCGGUAAUGACUUUUCGCUGGAUACUCCAACAGCCACUUCCCCUGCCCCCGUGUCCCCAGACACUGCCGAUCUGGAACCAGCCGACGACACAAUAGAGCCCCCUCUGAUCACUCACCAACCCGGUGAGCCCGACAUCUGGGAUGAGUUGCAAGUCCGUCGGGCGGAAAAGCUGAGGAGAGUUGAGCAUAGUUACGACCCUGAGAUGGACGUGGUGCUCUUCAAUUUUAGGCUUCGCUAUAUACAUUAUCUUGAAGGUUAUAACGAUUUAAAAGUAGGUGGGGAGGAGGUGAUCGAAAGCAGUAUGCGACUAGCGAGAGCACUCGACACUCGCGGCCGAUACUCUGACGCCGAGGCAAUUCUGAAGAAGUUGAUGUCUAAUAUUGAAGCUGAAGAAAAUGCUCAUUGCGCCGAGUUUGCUCAAGAUGCAGUACGAGACAUGCUGGAGAGCUGUCCUUCGGAUAGAUAUCGAGAACCCAAGAAGAUGCUUGCAGGCUUUGUACCGCCGCUCCUGGGAUCGGGAUCUUUCGCUUCCACUUCUCGGCAUCCUGCAAGACCUACAGGUCCAGCCGGCUCGACUUCAGGCAGUGAGUUAGGACACCAGGUUGAGGCCAAGGGCAAAGGCAAGGCUGCUCCUGAAUAUGUUGGCGGUGACGUUGGCGCGCCGGUUCUAGAAAUUGAACUCGGUGAAGAAGAGGACGAGGGUCGCUGGAAGUCUCUGCCCCCGCAUCACCUGACCUACACCAUCAACAAAACUCACCACGGCGUUCGCCUCCGCUGUCGUACCCAAGACGUCGUUCAUGGGUACCUUGCAGACGGCCAAGACUUGGCAUCGCUACUUGUAUACGAGUUUGAUUUCCUGUCACACCGGGAGCCAGGCAGGAUCAAAGACGUCAACAUUCAGUUUGUCUAUCAUGGCCACAACAGAGGCCCGGAGGUCCUAAAUAUUGCGCCUGGAGGCCGGAGGAUGCUGGCAAUAACCAGACAGACUGGUUCAAUUGAAAUGGAUCAUUAUACAAUCGCCGCGGGGACAGUCAUGGCGUCAAUUGACCUCGUGGACAGGGAUUAUGGUGAAUUCAAUGCGGCCUCGUGGGAACUGCGUGAGGACCCGGAAAGCAAAUUGGGCGUGCCAAGGAAUUUUCAGUUUGCUGUUCUUCUCAGACGAGCGGACAUGGACGAGUUCACAGGCACCUUGAGGGUUAAUGCUACGGCUGUCCCGGGCAGCACCUUCAGACGAGCCUUGGAACGUCUCUCGGGGUCAUCAAAAAACACGAGCAUUGGUGACAUUCUCUACAACCCCUCAAUGGCAGCCACCAACAACCUGCGUGUGUACGAUACUGAAAACUUGAGCGCGGUUGAUAUUGAGGAGCUCAUGAGUACGCGCAAUCAAGCAUGGUGGAAAUAAUGUAGAUUUUGUUUGGUCGGGUUAUUCCCUUCAUAUCGCAAACGCUUCCAUAGAGCGCUCAUACCCAUGGAGGUGGUCUGAUGUAAAAAGAGGUCUAGAUUCUUCGGGACCACAUUCGGCAAGGCCACAUCGGCAAGGCCAUACAUAGCGCCCGACUAUUCAUUUGGUCAUUCCUAUUAGCAGCUUCUCAUUUAUCGCCAUUGCCGGUGCUAGUGCCAUUUUUGUCAUGCUGUCACUUUUCAGC